ACAGAUCUUGGCUUCGGCAGUGUUAUUUUGCAGCCACCAAAAACACACAAUCAUGUCCGGCGACAGCCGCUGAAAUAAUGUAUUCGGCUCAUGUAUAGCGCUCAGUUAUUUAUUUUUUUAAAUCUUGUGUGUGGUGAGACUGUUCCUCGUCCCGCGGGGUCCAGGUAUCUUAGUCGGAGAGUUUGUACGGCACCGCUACGAGGCCUGGUCGCAAACACAACCGCUCACUAAGUAUUACUGAACCGUCUGGGAUUUCAUGUUGAGGUCGGCAGCGUCUGGAAGCAAGUGUGCACCCGGCGGAAGAUGGAAACUGACAAGUUUAACUAUGUCUACAGCUGUGAUUUGGACAUCAAUGUUCAACUUAAGAUAGGGAGUUUGGAAGGGAAGCGGGAGCAGAAGAGCUACAAAGCUUUGCUGGAAGACCCCAUGCUCCGCUUCUCAGGACUCUACCAAGAGAACUGCUCGGACCUCUACGUCACCUGUCAGGUGUUUGCUGAAGGAAAACCUCUUGCUCUUCCAGUUCGUACCUCGUAUAAAGCCUUCAGCACACGUUGGAACUGGAAUGAGUGGUUGAGGCUGCCCGUCAAGUAUCCAGAUCUUCCCCAGAGUGCCCAGGUUGCUCUCACAGUGUGGGACAUCUACGGACCGGGUAAAGCUGUCCCUGUCGGGGGAACCACCGUCACGCUUUUUGGCAAAUAUGGUAUGUUCAGACAAGGCAUGCAUGACCUGAAGGUUUGGCCCGGGGUGGAGGGAGAUGGGGGUGAACCAACAACAACCCCAGGACGCACAAGCAGCAGUCUGACUGAGGACCAAAUGGGAAGACUGGCGAAGCUGACAAAGGCCCAUCGGCAGGGUCACAUGGUGAAGGUCGACUGGCUGGACCGUCUGACCUUCAGAGAGAUUGAGAUGAUUAAUGAGAGCGAGAAGCGCAGCUCUAACUUCAUGUACCUGAUGGUGGAGUUUCCUCGUGUCAAAACAAAUGACAAGGAGUACAGCAUUGUUUAUUAUGAGAAGGAUGGAGACGAGUCUUCAUCCAUCCUCACCAGCUGUGACAUAGUCAAGGUUCCUGAUCCGCAGAUGGGGAUGGAGAACCUGGUUGAGAGCAAACAUCACAAACUGGCUCGUAGCCUUCGGAGUGGCCCGUCAGAUCAUGACUUGAAGCCCAACGCCGCCACACGCGAUCAGCUAAAUAUCAUAGUGAGCUACCCUCCAACCAAGCAGCUGACCUCUGAGGAACAGGACCUUGUGUGGAAAUUUAGGUAUUACCUCACAACACAGGAAAAGGCGCUGACAAAGUUCCUCAAGUGUGUCAACUGGGAUCUUCCCCAGGAGGCCAAGCAAGCUCUUGAGCUGCUGGGCAAGUGGAGGCCCAUGGACGUGGAGGACUCUCUGGAGCUGCUCUCCUCCCAGUUCACCAACCCCACAGUCAGACGCUAUGCCGUAACACGGCUGCAGCAGGCUGACGACGAGGACCUGCUGAUGUAUCUCCUCCAGCUGGUGCAGGCGCUCAAGUACGAGUGUCAUAACUUCAGCGAUCUCCAGAGUGACGUGGAGCCGGGCAGCAAGAAAGAAGGCCAGGGACUUUCAGAUGACUCUGCGCUGGACAGCUCACAGAUUUUAUCCGCCUCUUCUGCGGCAACCGCUGCUCCACCGAAAAGCAAAGAUGGAGCAGACAGUGAGAACGUGGAGCAGGACUUGUGUAACUUUCUCAUCUCGCGAGCUUGCAAGAACUCAACGCUUGCCAACUACCUGUACUGGUACGUGAUUGUGGAGUGCGAGGAUCAGGACACGCAGCAAAGAGACCCCAAGACACAUGAGAUGUACCUGAAUGUGAUGAGGAGGUUCAGCCAGGCUUUGCUCAAGGGCGAUAAGAGUGUGAGGGUGAUGCGCUCACUGUUGGCUGCACAGCAGACGUUCGUGAACAGACUGGUGCAGCUCAUGAAGGCUGUGCAGCGUGAGAGCGGAAAUCGCAAGAAAAAGACAGAGCGGCUCCAGGCUCUUCUGGCUGAUAAUGAGAAGGUGAACCUUUCUGAAAUCGAACCGAUUCCUUUCCCGCUGGAGCCUCAGAUCCGCAUCAGAGGCAUCGUCCCGGACACCGCAACGCUCUUCAAGAGCGCGCUGAUGCCAGCUAAACUGUUCUUCAAAGCCGAGGACGGAGCCAUGUACCCGGUCAUAUUCAAGCACGGAGAUGACCUGAGACAAGACCAGCUCAUCCUGCAGAUCAUCUCACUCAUGGACAAACUACUUAGGAAGGAGAACCUGGACUUAAAACUGAUGCCGUACAAAGUGUUGGCCACAAGCACCAGGCAUGGUUUCAUGCAGUUUGUGCAGUCUGUACCCGUUGCUGAAGUUCUGGCGACUGAAGGGAACAUCCAGAGCUUUUUCCGGAAACAUGCUCCGAGUGAAAAAGGUCCAUAUGGCAUCAGCUCCGAGGUGAUGGACACUUACGUCAAGAGCUGCGCGGGCUACUGUGUCAUUACUUACAUCCUGGGUGUGGGAGACCGACAUCUCGACAACCUCCUGCUGACCAAGACUGGUAAACUCUUCCACAUCGACUUUGGAUAUAUUCUGGGUCGGGACCCGAAGCCCCUGCCGCCUCCCAUGAAGCUGAGCAAGGAAAUGGUGGAGGGCAUGGGGGGUAUGCAGAGCGAGCAGUACCAGGAGUUCAGGAAACAGUGCUACACUGCCUUCCUGCACCUCCGCAGGUACUCCAACUUGAUCUUGAAUUUAUUCUCUCUCAUGGUGGACGCCAACAUCCCUGACAUUGCUCUGGAGCCCGACAAGACGGUGAAGAAGGUUCAGGACAAGUUCAGAUUGGACCUUUCUGAUGAGGAGGCGGUCCACUACAUGCAGGGGCUGAUCGAUGAGAGCGUCGGUGCUUUGUUUGCAGCCGUGGUCGAGCAGAUACACAAGUUUGCUCAGUAUUGGCGCAGAUGAGCAGACCCGUGGAACUGCUGAGACAAGGCCGAGACGGGUUUGGGGGACACGGAGUACUUCUGGACGAAGGCUGAGAGCCGACGGCCUCGUGUGUGUUGGACGACGGAGACUUGACGACACUGUUAAAUUCGGCCAAGAGUGCACUGCCAAUCUUUACUGCAAGUCAGCGAAACAAGGACGCCAGGUCAUUGUUUGCGCGUGUAUAUAUAUAUAUCAUGUAAACUAAUUAUUGAAUGAAUGAGAUGUUUGGCCAAAUAAAAGACUGUUGAU